AUGAAGGUAACGAACUCAAAAUUGAUGGAAUCGCUGUCGUUCACGGCCAUCGCUGGACCAACAUACGAUCCGACACCCGUGUUCGACUGGACGAACUCACCGCUCGGAGAAAUUGUGCCGCACUACGGGCAACCAGAUCGAUGGGCCUUCGAGCCGGUAACACAUCGAUGGUCACAUUCGCUUUAUGGUGUCCAGACGUUCCCUGAUGACAACGAACAAGACUUUUCUUAG